CGAACGAGUGGCGAAUGGUGGCGCCCAUGAGUAAGAGGCGGUGCGGCGUCGGGUGCGCCGUAUUGAGUGACCUGUUGUACGCCGUGGGCGGACACGACGGCCAGUCCUACUUGAAUAGCAUCGAACGAUACGACCCGCACACCAACCAGUGGUGCGGCGACGUGGCGCCCACCAGCUCCUGUCGCACGUCCGUAGGUGUGGCCGUUUUGGACGGCUUUCUAUACGCCGUCGGGGGUCAGGACGGGGUCUCGUGUCUGAACUUCGUGGAGCGAUACGACCCGCAGACCAACCGCUGGAACAAAGUGGCCGGUAUGUCGACCAAGCGAUUAGGUGUGGCCGUGGCGGUGCUCGGCGGGCACCUGUACGCCAUCGGCGGCUCGGACGGCACGUCGCCCCUGAAUACAGUCGAGCGGUACGACCCGCGAACCAACCGCUGGUGUCCGGUGUCGCCGAUGGGCACUCGACGCAAGCACUUGGGCUGCGCUGUCUAUAACAACAUGAUUUACGCGGUGGGCGGGAGGGACGACACCACAGAGCUGUCGUCCGCCGAGCGCUAUAACCCGCAGUCCAAUCAGUGGCAGCCGAUCGUCGCGAUGACCUCCCGGCGCUCCGGUGUGGGGCUGGCAGUGGUGAACGGUCUGCUAUACGCCGUCGGCGGGUUUGACGGGUCGACGUAUUUGAAGACAAUCGAAGUGUACGACCCCGAGAAGAACCAGUGGUGUCUGUGCGGGUCAAUGAACUACCGGCGCCUCGGCGGUGGUGUCGGUGUCGUACGGAUACCCCAUCUCGAGACGUACUUCAGAUGAUUACACGACUUAUAGGUUUUGGGUUUUUGUUUGCA